AUGGCUACCCCUAGUGUCCUAGCUUUUGACGCUGAGGGUCGCGCCAUUGAUUUUGAGGUCUGGUUAGACGACCUGCAGCUGUUCUUACAGUGCGACAGGGCUGACGACCUUUCUCUCUUUGACCUCACCUCUGGCGCCUCUCCUGCUCCUGCUGCUGAUGCUGAUCCCACUGUCCGCUCUAAGUGGGCCACCCGCGAUGCUGCUGCACGUCUUGCUGUGCGUCGCCACCUCCCUACCUCUGAGCGUGCGCACUUUAGUCAGUACAAGAGUGCUCACACCUUGUACGACGCUGUAGUUGCGCGCUACUCCUCCCCUGCCACUGCUGCACUGAGCCGUCUCAUGCUUCCCUACCUCUUUCCUGACCUCUCUGCCUUUCCCACUGUCGCUGACCUCAUUACGCACCUCCGCACUAGUGACACUCGCUACCGCGCCGCCCUUCCUGCUGAGUUCUGCGCUAAGAACCCCCCCCCCAUGUACAUCGCUCUCUACUACGUAGUCGCGCGCCUCCCUGACUCCCUUCGCGUCGUCAGGGACCACUUUCUCGCAGUCUGUCCCACCACCCUCACCGUCGACCUCCUCGAGAAGGCCCUCCUCGCAGCGGAGAAGAGCAUAGUCGCUGUAGGUGCUUCUCGUGGUGACCCUCGCACCCCCAUCUUUGAGGGGUGCUCUCCUUCCCCCUUGCUGCCCUCUGUUGCCUCUGCUGCUGCUGCCGACCUGCUUGGUCUUGAGUCGGUCGGCGCGGCGUCUGCCCCUAGUGGGAGACGUCGCUCCAGCAAGGGCAAGGGGGGCAAGGGCGCGGGUGGAGCUGGAGGGAGCGGUGGCGGUGGCGGCGGUGGCAGCGGAGGGAGUGGGGGUGGCGGCGGGACUAGUGGCGGGAGUGGUGGUGGUGGUGGCAGCAGUGGCGGAGACGGUGGUGGUGGUGCCGGCGGUGGUGGUGGAGGCAGCGGCGGUGGUGGAGGCGGCGGAGGUGGAGGCGGCGGAGGCGGCAGCGGAGGAGGCGGUGGUGGUGGAGGAGGUGGAGCUGGUCGAGGUGGUACCCAGCAGCGUAGCGGCGGUGGUGGUGGCCAGCGCUCGCAGCGGCAGCAGCAGCAGCGCUCGCGGGACAUCCCUCCGCCUCAGCAGCUUCGUGAGUGGUACGCUGGGCGUCAGAGGGGUGGGGGUACUGGUCCCUGCACCUACGUUCUUCGUUCCGGCGACCGCGCGGGUGAGCAGUGUGGGGGUGCCCACGCCACCCAGCGCUGCUUUGGCCGCCUGACGGACGCUUGGCGUCAGCAGUUCCCUGGGGCUAGUGAGAUCCCUCGCUGGGAUGAGCUUCUCAGGGCUGGUGUAGCGAUCUUUGAUCUUGAUUUUGAUGCUAUCCUUGCUGCUAUGUAUGUUGUGGAUUAUAGUGAGGAGAAUGAGGGUUACCGUUGUUUCCAGCCCGACCCGGGCAUUGGUGCUGCUGCACUAGGUGCUUGUGAGGCUGCUGCUCUAGGUGCCAGUGCGUCUGUGCUCUCAGGUACUGGUGAGACUGCGCUCUCAGGUACUGCGUCGUCCUCGUCCUCCCUCACUUUCACACUUGACUCCGGCGCUUCUCGCUCCUUCUUUCGAGACCGCACUACCCUUACGCCGCUCGGCCGGCCGGUUGCGGUCUCCCUUGCUGACCCCUCUGGGGGUCCUGUCCUGUCUCACUUCUCCACUGUCCUCCCGUGUCCGGCUGCCCCUUCGGGCACCCUGUCUGGUCUGUACCUUCCCUCGUUCUCUACGAACUUGGUGAGUGGUGCAGCCCUCCAGGAUGCGGGGGUCCACCAGUUCACUCCUGCGAGUCAGCGGGAGACCCACUGCACGGACGCACGCACAGGCCGACACCUAGCCACCUUCUCACGUCGGCCGGGGUCGAGUCUCUACACCCUGACCACUUCGUCUCCUCCUGUCCCUGCGUCCGGUCAGGUAGCUGCGUCGGGUCAGGUGCUUGCUGCUGCGUCCCGGUCAGGUCCUGAGUCUGCCCCCUGUUCUUGUCGCCUCCUGUCUCACGAGACUCUCCUGUGGCACCACCGUCUUGGCCACCCCUCCUUGCCCCGUCUUCGGAGCAUGGCUUCCCGUGUCCUUGUCUCUGGUCUUCCCCAGUCUCUCCCUCCUCUCCCCUCCGGGCCAGGACCUUCCUGUGUCCCCUGUGUCGAGGGUCGCCUCCGGGCUACUCCUCACUCCUCCCACUUCCCCCCGACAGAGGCUCCCCUGCAGACGCUUCACAUGGAUGUGUGGGGCCCAGCCCCCGUCCGUGGGCAGGGAUACGAGCGCUACUUCCUGUUGGUGGUUGACGACUACUCGCGUUACACCACAGUCCUCCCCUUGCGCAGCAAGGGUGCGGUCACUGAGGUGCUGAUCGACUGGAUCCGCGAGGCUCGUCUCCAGCUCAGGAAGAGCUUCGGCUCGGACUUUCCUGUUCUGCGUCUGCACUCGGACAGAGGCGGAGAGUUCUCUUCUCGCCUCCUGCGGGACUACUGUCGUGCGCGGGGGAUCCGCCAGACCUUCACGCUUCCGGACUCACCACAGCAAAAUGGGAUUGCUGAGCGCCGCAUUGGCAUGGUCAUGGAUGUCGCUCGUACGUCCAUGAUGCAUGCGGCUGCCCCCCAUUUUCUGUGGCCGUUUGCGGUGAGGUACGCGGCGCAUCAGCUCAACCUUCACCCCCGGGUCUCUCGGCCUGCGAUGUCCCCAGCCUUGCUGUGGACGGGGAAGGUUGGCGAUGCGUCUGUCUUCCGUGCUGGGGAUCUCGGGCGGUGGCAGUUUUACCACCCCUCCUCUCGUCGUGUUCUGUCCUCCCAGGACGUCACGUUCGACGAGUCAGUCCCCUUCUACCGUCUCUUCCCCUACCGCACUCCUUCCCUCCCCCCUCCCCCGGACUUCCUUGUGCCGGUUCCCCCCCCGGUAGACCCCCUCCCCCCUCAGGUUCCUGCCCCCUCAGGUGUGUCCCAGGUAGACGCCGUUGACCCGGUCGAGGUUACUGGUGACUCUGGUGCUGCUGCGGGUGCUGAGCGUGGGGGUGCUGACUCUGGGGGUGCUGUGCGCGGGGGUGCUGAGUCUGGGGGUGCUCCUGCUGGGGGUGCUGGGCCUGAGGGUGCUAUUGCGGAGGGUGCUGAGCCGGGGGGUGCUGUGCCUGGAGGUGCUGGGUCGGGAGCUGCUGAGCCUGGGGGUGCUGUGCUAGGAGUUGCUGAGCCUGGGGGUACUGCGUCUGGAGCUGCUGGGCCUGGAGUUUCUCCUGCUGCUGCGUCUCGCCGGGAGCCCCUCUCUCCACAGGAGCUGCGCGAGUGGUUCGCUCGCUGCUGGAGACGUGCUGCUGCGUCCGGAGGUGCUACUGGAGCUGGAGCUGGAGCUUCUUCGACCGUCGAGGGUGCGGGUGCUGCCGGCCCCGGAGCUGCUGGACCUGCGGGUCCUCCUGGAGCUGGGGCUGCUGAGGGCGUUGGUGCUGAGCCUACUGCUGUUGGUCCUGCCGCUGGAGGUGUGGGUGGCACUAGUGCUGUCGCUGAGGGUGCUGGUGCUGUCCCUGCUGAGUCUGGAGCUGCCGCGCGGCCUCGGCCGUACUUCGUUCCGCUCCUGCAGCAGGUUCUUGGUCUUUCUCCUCUAGUAGAGGGUCCACCGCCUGUCCAGUCGCAGUCCCUGCUGGAGCCUUCCUCUCCACUGCCUGCUCCCUCUCCUUACACUGGUCCUACUGGAGGUCUUGCUGAGCGUCGUGAGCCUGCGUCUCGUCCCGCGUCACCUGUUCGUGCUGCUCGCGCUAGUGGUCGCAGUUCGCGUCAGCGUCCUCCUCCUGUCCCUGGCACGCACCAGAUGUCUUUACGUCCGUCCACUGCUCCUCUGCGUGCCCCUUUGCCUUCUCCUCCUGAGUCCUCUCUUCCUGCGCUUGCCGACCCGGAGUCGGACUCUCUUCGUGCUGCCAGUCCUACUGUCACGCGUCUGCUUGCUACUGUCGUCACUGACCCCUCUUUUGAGUCCACUGCUGCGUCUGCUCUAGUCGCUGAGCUCGUCGACUUUGCUGCUCGCUGUCGUCUCGACUACGCUGCUAGUCUUGUUGCUGCGUCUGCGUCUGUCUGUCCUCCGUCCGUCGGGGGUGCGUGUGCUCUUGGCACGGACGUCCUAGAGGACAGGCAGGAGGAGUUACAGUGUCUAGCGGCUGCUUCACCUCAUCUCGCGUCUGUACUGCUUGCCCCUGAGGGAGACCCGGAUGCACUAGACAUCCCGACUCCGCGUUCUUACGCGGAGGCCGUAGAGGGUCCCUACUCCUCUCAGUGGCAGGCAGCUAUGGAUGCAGAGAUGGCUUCCUGGAAGUCCACAGGCACCUACGUUGACGCGGUUCCCCCUCUUGGGGCGAACAUCGUCAGUGGCAUGUGGAUCUUCAGGGUGAAGCGGCCGCCGGGCUCUCCACCUGUCUUCAAGGCACGGUACGUUGCUCGUGGCUUCAGUCAGCGGCAGGGAGUUGACUACUUUCAGACCUUCUCUCCCACCCCGAAGAUGACUACUCUUCGGGUGCUGCUGCACAUAGCCGCUCAGCGCGACUACGAGCUUCACUCUCUCGACUUCAGCACUGCGUUCUUGCAGGGUAGCCUGCACGAGGAGAUCUGGCUUCGCCGUCCACCUGGCUUCACUGGGACUUUCCCUCCUGGCACCCAGUGGAGCCUCCGACGGCCAGUCUACGGUCUUCGCCAGGCACCGCGUGAGUGGCACGACACACUGAGGACUACGCUUGCGGCUCUUGGGUUUGCUCCUUCUACUGCUGACCCGUCGCUGUUUCUUCGCACCGACACUUCCCUGCCGCCGUUCUACAUCCUCGUGUACGUCGACGACUUGGUCUUUGCCACAGCGGACACUGCUGGACUCGCCUACGUGAAGUCCGAGCUGCUGAAGAGACACACGUGCACAGACCUGGGUGAACUGCGCAGCUACCUUGGCUUGCAGAUCACUCGGGACAGAGCACGCCGCACCAUUACCUUGACUCAGUCACACAUGGUGCAGCAGGUCCUUCAGCGCUUCGGCUUCACGUACUCCUCGCCUCAGGCCACUCCUCUGCCUACUCGCCACUCACUCUCAGCUCUGCCUUCGGAUGAGUCCGUAGAGUCGAGUGGUCCGUAUGCAGAGCUUGUUGGCUGCCUCAUGUACCUGAUGACCUGCACACGACCUGACCUUGCAUACCCUCUGAGCAUUCUUGCACGCUAUGUUGCUCCUGGGAGACACAGACCGGAGCACAUGGCUGCAGCGAAGAGGGUAUUGCGCUACCUGUGCAGUACGUCGGGCAUGGGGCUAGUGCUUGGAGGGCGGAGUCCAGUGGUCCUUACCGGCCACGCGGACGCUUCUUGGGCAGACGACCAGGCUACACAGCGGUCGUCACAGGGUUACACCUUCAGCCUUGGUUCCGGCUCUGUCUCGUGGCGGUCUACUCGCUCGUCUUCGGUUCUCGGCUCCAGUUGUGAGGCUGAGAUCUACGCCGGGGCCAUGGCUGCUCAGGAGCUUCGCUGGCUCACCUACCUGCUGACUGACCUUGGAGAGCCGCCUCGUUCUCCUCCAGUGCUGUACGUAGACAACAAGGCCAUGCUGGCCUUGUGUCGAGAGCAGCGCUUGGAGCACAGAACGAAGCACAUUGCUCUCCGCUACUUCCUUGCUCGUGAGCUGCAGCAGCGUGGUCAGUUGCGACUUGCGUACGUGGCCUCUGAGGCCAACACUGCUGAUGUGUUCACCAAGGCACUUGCGCCUUGUGACCAUCAGCGCUUUUGUACCCAGCUGGGUCUUGUGCCUGUCUUGCCUCACUUGCUCUCUUCUUGA